GGUGAAUGCAACACGCUCCACUCCGGCAAUAGGCAAAGGACAACAGGACCCGCCUGCCGCGCUCCAGUCCAGAGUCACUCCCAGCAGUCCCACCGUGAGACUCUCGCGUCACGUUGCUGCUCGGAACAAAGUAGGGGGCACCACCAGAGAUCCUGGAACUAAGUAACUCCCGAGCAACCAGGCUGGAGAGUUGAUAAUUCUCUCUCAAUUCUGAAGAAAGACGGAAGAUCCGAGGCUGUGGAAAGAAUCAAAAGGAAGGCCAGCCCCUGAGAGAGAGAAAAUGCUGGCAGAGGAGAGACGGAUGGCCUCUUGGAAAUUGCACACUCAGCCAGCCUUGGAAAAACAUGUGGAGGCAGGAUUAGAAUUUACAAGUAGGGGAGGAAUCCAGGCAUGGGCGAAAUCAGAAAGCGAGGAAGAUGCUGCAAACAUAAUGAAAGUGCAGCAUGGCAGUAGCGUGCUGGCCAUCAAUGGCAAGAAAGGCCACAGGACAGUGAAGGACAUGGAGGACCGGCGGCUGCAUUUUAGGCAGUAUUCCUACCACGAGGCCCAGGGGCUGCAAAGUGUUUAUGUGCACCUUUGGGGACUCUGCCAUGCAUGGCUAGAACCAGAGAGGCGCACCAAAGAGGAGAUCCUGGAGCUGGUGAUCCUGGAGCAGUUCUUGGCCAUCCUCCCCUGGGAAAUGCAGAGCUGGGUCAGGGAACGUGACCCAGAAACCUGUACUCAAGCAGUGGCCGCCGCUGAGGAUUUUGUGCGGAUUCUGAAACUGCAGGGACUGACAAACUUCGAUGAUGUCACCAUUCAUUUCACCGAGGAGGAAUGGACUCUCCUGGAUCAAGUCCAGAAAGCCCUGUACAAGGAGGUCAUGCAGGAGAACUAUGAGCAUGUGGCAUCUCUCGGCAAAUGGUAUGUGAGUAGGAACAAAGGUGAGGUUCAUCCGUACGACAUUCCUGAGGGAAGACAGCAACACGAAGCAUCAACGGAAGCCGCCCAGGAGGAUGUUUCCAAAAGUAGCAAGGAGAAAAAGAUGGGUGGGCCAGAGAUAAAAGAAGAAAAUGAGCCAGAGAGAGUAGCUACAUCCAUUCCUUCAACAGACUUCAACAGAAUCCCGGCCCCAGAGGGAUGCAGUGCAAAUGAGGUACGAGUGAGAUUGACUGAAUGUGAGGAGACCUCAAAGGCGGCUGCAUAUUGCAGAACCCGCAAAGAAGGGAAGAUGUACACGUGUUUAUACUGUGGUAGAUCCUUCAACGUGAAAGGAAGCCUCAUCAAACAUACAAGACUUCAUACGGGAGAACUGCCCUACCAGUGCUCAGUGUGUGGGAAGAAGUUCAAUCAGAAAGGCGAUCUUAUUCUGCAUGAAAGAAUCCACACGGGAGAGAAACCAUACCAGUGCGCGAGCUGCGGGAGAAGCUUCGCCGAGAAAAGACGCCUCAUCGCACACGAGAAAACCCAUAUGGAAGACUAUCCGUAUAAAUGCUCAGAGUGUGGGAAAUCCUUCACAGUGCACUCUGGAUUAACUAAUCACCAGAGGCUGCACACAGGGGAGGCUCCCUAUAAAUGCUCCAAAUGUGAUAAGAUCUUUCUGCAGAAAUACAGCCUCACCGCUCAUGAGAGAAUCCACACAGGAGAGAAACCGUACGAGUGUUCAGACUGUGGAAGGUGUUUCUGUCAGAAAAGCCAAUUGGUUAUACACUGUAGAAUUCACACGGGUGAAAAGCCAUACACAUGCUCAGAUUGUGGGAAGAGCUUUACCACAAACUCUCACCUCACUAAACAUCGGAAAACACAUACGGGAGAAAAAAAGUAUAAAUGUGUGGCCUGUGAGAAAAGCUACUAUAAUAGAUAUAGCCUUGUUGCUCAUGAAAGAACCCACACAAGAGAGAAAGCAUACAAAUGCUCCAUCUGUGGGGAAGGUUUCACUCAGAAAGGAAAACUCACUGUGCAUGAAAGUACUCAUAGAGUAGAGGAAAGCACAGGAGCAGGCCCAGAAAAUAAAGUGGCAAUCCUAUUUGUGUUUCCUUGAUAGCCUUAAGAGCUAUUAAUCAACAUACUAAUUCCUCACAUAUUCUGGAGUCGGUAAGGGGUUGGAUGAGGAAUAAUAAACUGAGACUGAAUCCAGAUAAGAUGGAGGUACUUAUUGUCCAGGGUCAGAACACCAGAGAUAUUUUGAUCUGCCUGUUCUGGAUAGUUCACACUUCCCCAAAAGAAACAGUCUGGAAGUGCUUCUGGAUCCACACCUCUCCCUAGUAUCUCAGGUUGUGGCAGUGGCCAGAGGUGCUUUCUAUCAGCUUUGGCUGAUACACCAGCUGCGUCUGUUUCUUAGAUGAAUGACCUCAGAGCAGUGGUACAAAUGCUGGUAACCCUGAGACCUGACUACUGCAAUGCACUCUUUGUGGGACUGCCUUUGUACAUUGUCCGGAAACUGCAGUUGGUACAGAAUGCGGCAGCCAGGUUGGUCUUUGGGUCAUCUCUAAGAGACCAUAUCACUCCUAUUCUAAAAGAGCUACACUGUCUGCCAAUAGGUUUCCGGGCAAAACACAAAGUGCUAGUUAUAACAUAUAAAGCCCUAAACAGCUUAGACCCAGGGUAUUUAAGAGAAUGUCUUCUUCACCAUGAGCCCCACUGCCCAUUGCUAUCAUUUGGAGAGGUUCAUCUGGUGGCCACAGAGGGACAGGCCUCCUCUGUUCCUGUCCCGAGACUCUGAAAUGUGCUCCCUUCUGAAAUAAUAGCCUCCCCAUUUCUGACAACUUUUUAAAAGUAUCUAAAGACUUAUCUCUUCACCCAAGCUUUUUAAUUUGACUGUGGUUUUAAAUUGUGUUAAAGUUUUUAUUUCCUGUGUUUUAACUUGUUUUAUGUUGUUGUAAACCACCCAGAGAUGAAAGUUUGAGGCAGUGUGCAAAUUUGAUAAAUAAACAUUCUCCUGGGCCUAGAACGUUAUAAGAACAACCCUCCUGGAUCAGGCCCAGGGCCCAUCUAGUCCAACAUCCUGUUCUCUACAGUGGCCCACCAGAUAUCUCCAGGAAGCCCACAGGCAAGAGAUGAAGGCCUACCCUCUCUUCUGCUGUUGUUCCCCUGCAAUUCCUCUGAGCCUGGAGAUACCGCCAAAAGGCGGUAUAUAAAUGUAAAAAUAAAUAAAUAAAAAUAAAAUAGCCUAUAGCCAUUAAAACUAGGAGCCACUGAUGGGCCUGUCCUCCAUGAAUUUGUCUAAGCCCCUUUGAAAGCCAACCAAUCUGGUGGCCAUCACGACAUCCUGUGGCAGAGAAUUCCAUAAAUUAAUUAUGUGCUGUGUGAAAAAGCAUUUCCUUUUGUCGGUCCUAAAUCUCCUGGCUGUCAGUUUCAUGGGAUGACCCCUGGUUAUAGUGUUGUGAGAGAAAGAGAAAUGUUUCUUUCUCCACUCUCCACACUAUUCAUAACUGUAUAAACCUCAAUCAUGUCUCCCCUUAGUCGCCUUUUUUCUAAACUAAACAUUCUUGGAGUUCAACUGCUGUGACCUAUACUGGUUGCCGCGACUGCUAAAUGUUGUUUACAUGGAAAGUAGUGAGGUAGGUGGCUGGGAAUGAUUCAGGUUCAAAUUUAUUGAAGCAUCCUGUGAUAAGGGUUCCCUUCUCACAUUUAAAAUCUAAGAGUUCCUUACAAAAAUCCAUAGAUCCCUUCUCAUAUUACUCCUGUGACAUGGGAGCUGAUGCAGAUCCCUUAGUCAACUGAAAUAUUACAUGGGAAAAACCAUUCUCUAGGCCAGAGGUUCCCAACCUUUAAAAACAAAUGUGCCCCUGCUGUCACAAACCUUCAGCUCAGGUACCCCAU